GAAUCGACGGUCAAUGGCGUUGGUGGCGGGAAAGUUGAGUCCCUCGUGCGCCGAGCUUUCGGAGCGAUGUGUAGUGACUUCCACAGGGCUGAGUCUGGGACCGAGCUCCUUGCCCGACUUGAAGGUAGAAGUUCCUUGAAAGAAAUAGAACCAAAUCUGUUUGCUGAUGAAGAUUCACCUGUGCAUGGUGAUAUUCUUGAAUUUCAUGGUCCAGAAGGGACAGGAAAAACAGAAAUGCUUUAUCAUUUAACAGCACGAUGUAUACUUCCAAAAUCGGAAGGUGGCCUGGAAGUAGAAGUCUUGUUUAUUGAUACAGAUUAUCACUUCGAUAUGCUUCGGCUUGUUACAAUUCUUGAGCAUAGACUAUCCCAAAGCUCUGAAGAAAUCAUAAAAUAUUGCCUUGGAAGAUUUUUUUUGGUGUACUGCAGUAGUAGCACCCACUUACUUCUCACACUUUAUUCACUAGAAACUAUGUUUUGUGGUCAUCCUUCUCUCUGCCUCGUGAUUUUGGAUGGCCUGUCUGCUUUUUACUGGUUAGACCGUGCCAAUGGAGGAGAAAGUGUUAACUUACAGGAGUCUACUCUGAAGAAGUGUUCUCAGCUAUUAGAGAAACUUGUGAAGGAGUAUCGCUUGGUUCUUUUUGCAACAACACAAACUAUAAUGCAGAAAACCUCACAUUCACCAGAAGAACCCCCUUAUGCUCUUAGAUAUCCGUGCGACAUGGAUGUAGACUACAGACCCUAUCUCUGUAAGGCAUGGCAACAAGUGGUAAAGCACAGAAUAUUUUUCUCCAAACAAGAUGAUUCCAAAAGCAGCAUCCAGUUUUCAUUAGUUUCACGUCAUUUAAAAAAUAACAGUUUUAAAAAACACUUUUUUAUUAUUAGAGAAAGUGGGCUUGAGUUUUGUUGAUAUGUAUCAUAAAACAGGGUUUUGCAGGAUAUUAUGCAAGUCUUAAACGUUUUCCUUAAGCCGAAGUGUUCUGAUUGCAACAUUUUUUUUUUUUCCAGUCGGAGUCUCACUCUGUCGCCCAGACUGGAGUGCACCAACAUUUUUAAAC